CCCACUCAAUAAUGGAUUUAAAAAUGCACAUAUCGUUGCUCAGACGACAGACGCCAUUAAAGCACCAAUCUCGAUUUGAAUACCUGAAAACAAGAGUCCUCUCUCUCUCUCUCUCUCUUCAUUGAGCUAAGCUGAGCUGAGUGCGUGGAGAAACAAGCUCAACAAAUCACAUACAAACACUAGUAAUCAGCAGCAGCAGCAUCUUACAGCGGCGGCGGGAAGAUGUCGUGGCAGGCGUACGUGGACGACCACCUGAUGUGCGAAAUCGAGGGCAACUACCUCUCCUCCGCCGCCAUCAUCGGUCACGACGGCAGCCUCUGGGCCCAGAGCUCCAACUUCCCUCAGUUCAAGCCUGAAGAAAUAACUGCUGCUAUGAAUGAUUUUGCUGAGCCGGGUACCCUUGCUCCAACUGGCUUAUACCUCGGUGGAACAAAAUACAUGGUGAUCCAAGGGGAACCAGGAGCUGUGAUUCGAGGAAAGAAGGGACCUGGUGGUGUUACUAUUAAAAAGACCAAUCUGGCAUUGAUCAUUGGUAUCUAUGAUGAGCCCAUGACGCCAGGCCAGUGCAACAUGAUCGUUGAAAGGCUGGGUGAUUACCUCCUUGAGCAGGGUUUCUGAUUGCUUUGUGAAAUAAUAAUGCAAGUGCUUGAACUCGUCCAAACUCCUUGUGGAAACAAAACUAUUUGAAGCUUGAGAAGUGCUGCUAUGUAUGAUCUUCUGAAUUCCAACUGGAUUGUCUUUGUAAUCUUAUAUGACAAGUUCACUCUGAUUUCCAGCAGAGGCACUUGCCUAAAUUGGAAUUGGUUUUCCUUUAUUUGUUUUGAUUCCUAAUUUGUUUGGAACCACUGUAUAAUAUAUGGUUUGUGUUUUUGCGGCA